AUUCAUUCCUAGAUUAUAUCAUUAUUGAGAAGAUUGACGGUUUAGUCUUGUCAUUCUUGAGAUGCAAGAACAUCAUUAAAUGUAUAGAAUGAUGUUUUCCUUUUAAAUCUUCAGCAUUAAUCGGAUGCAAAAUCGAAAAUUCCUAUUUUCAAAACCAACAAGGUUUUACUUAAAACACAAGAAUUCAAUAAAUGCAAUUUCCUUUUUCCUUCAGUUUUGAUUUAAAGGCGCACAUUAUUACCAAAUUAAAACCACACAAAAUGGAAAUAGUUUAUUUAUCUUUUCCUUUUUCAUAAUGUGAAAAAGGACAUUAGUUCUCUUCAAACUCUAACCCGAUUCCUAUAUAAACAUAGAUGCUAGAGUAAUCACAAAUCAUAAUCUUUCACAAAACUCUCAAUCUCACAUUCUUAAAACUCUCAAGUUUCUUAAAAGUUUUUUUUUUGACAAUGGAAAAGAUACUUGACGGAAAAACUAAUGGAGCACUCAAGAAGACCAAGGUCGUGUGUACUCUUGGACCAGUGUCCAGGUCUGUUGAGAUGAUCGAGAAGCUCCUCAAAGCUGGUAUGAACGUAGCCCGUUUCAACUUCUCUCAUGGCACUCACGAGUACCACCAAGGAACUCUCGAUAACCUCAGAAUCGCCAUGAAGAACACUGGCAUUCUAUGUGCCGUCAUGCUUGACACAAAGGGUCCUGAGAUUCGAACCGGAUUCCUCAAAGAAGGCAAACCGGUUCAGCUAACUCAUGGUCAAGAGCUCACAAUCUCAACUGACUACACAUUGGAAGGAGAUUCAAACACAAUCUCCAUGAGCUACAAGAAGCUUGCAGAGGAUCUCAGCCCAGGGAAGGUGAUUCUAUGUUCAGACGGUACAAUCUCUCUAACCGUCUUGUCAUGCGACAAGGCCAACGGUCUUGUCCGUUGCCGUUGUGAGAACUCAGCAACCCUAGGAGAGAAAAAGAACGUUAACCUCCCAGGAGUUGUAGUUGACCUCCCAACGCUCACAGAGAAAGACCAAGAAGAUAUUCUCAAGUGGGGAGUUCCUAACAAGAUCGAUAUCAUCGCUCUCUCCUUUGUUCGUAAAGGUUCUGAUCUUGACCUAGUAAGGAAGUUACUUGGAGAGCACGCAAAGAGUAUUGUGCUUAUGUCAAAGGUUGAGAAUCAAGAAGGAGUGAUGAACUUCGACGAGAUUUUAAAGAAGUCUGAUGCGUUCAUGGUGGCUAGAGGAGAUCUAGGGAUGGAGAUUCCGAUCGAGAGGAUCUUCCAAGCUCAGAAGAUGAUGAUAUCGAGAGCCAACGCUGUCGGAAAACCAGUUGUGACAGCCACGCAGAUGCUCGAGUCUAUGACGAAAUCUCCUCUUCCGACAAGAGCCGAAGCGACAGACGUGGCCAACGCUGUCCUCGACGGCACGGACUGCGUCAUGCUCAGCGGAGAAACCGCCGCCGGGGCCCACCCUGAAGCCGCCGUGAAGAUCAUGGCGAGAAUCUGUAAAGUGGCAGAGGACACUAUAGACUACGAAGCUGUGCACGAGAGGAUACAAGAAGCUGUUCCCUUGCCGCUCUCUCCUAUCGAGGACUUGGCAGCUUCCGCCGUGUCCAAGGCCAAGAUUCACAACGCCAAGGCGAUUGUGGUGCUCACUAAAGGCGGCUACACGGCGGCGCUUGUGGCAAAGUACAGGCCUAGCGUUCCGAUUCUGUCGGUGGCUGUGGCGGAUGAUCGUGAGUCGAGGUGCUCUGUUUCGGUGGCGAGACGUGGGUUGAUUUACCGUGGUAUCGUUCCGGUGGUUGCGACCGGUGAGUCAACGGAGGAGAGGACGAGAUACGCGAUGGAGUUUGCGAAGGAGAAGGGGAUCUGUAAGAGUGGAGACUCGGUUGUCUUGUUGCAUUACAUUGAUGGUUCCUCUGUUCUUAAGAUACUCCCUGUUGAGUAGACUUGUUAAACUUUGAAUUUUUAAAUUUUUGUGGGGUUAAUUUUGAGGUUUCAAAUUUUUGUGGGGGGUUUCCUUUUAGGUUUUUGACAAUUUUAAUAUUUAAUCGGAGAAUUUUUUUACUUGUUGAGAUUUCAAAUUCAUACUAGGAUAAGACCCGCGCCUUGCGCGGGAUUAAGUUAUUAUUUUUAUUAUAUUUUGGAGAAUGAAACAAUAGUUUGG